CUCCCUCCUCUCCUUCGGUCACUCGCAUUCGACAUCGAGGCGUUGGCAACACGGUUGUAAAACUAUAAUUCCACACUGCAUCUAUGGCACGACGAACUCCUCUGGACGAGUCGCCUCCGGAAGUAUGGCAGGAAAUCAUAUCCUACCUCCCGAAGGCCGACAUGCACAACUGUCGCCUCAUCUCGCACGCCUUUAGCGACCUCUCUACGCCCGUACUCUUCAGCUGUGUGACCAUAACCUUUGGUACCUAUGACCCCGCGAAAGGGUGGGGUUUGGACAUCUCCGUGUUAGACAAAGGGGAGGGUCGAGCUAUGGCGCAAGCGACGCAAUUUGAGCUUGCGGGUCUAUAUCUUCGAGGAUGAUGUGGCAAAUAAUCAGAUGU